CGGCGACAAGGAAGGGGAAGAGCAAGGGCACGAAGACAGUCAGUCUCGGAUGAAAUUCGAGCCACUUUAGUUGACCAUGUCCUUGUCCAUGGGAUGACUAUGAGGGAGGCUGGGCAACGAGUACAACCAAAUUUGAGUCGCUUCACUGUUGCCUCCAUCAUCAGAACCUUCAGGGAGGAAAACAGGACACAGAGACGACCACCUGGUGGAGGCAGGUUAAGGCUUUUGUCGGAGGAGCAAGAGAGGGAACUUGUAAACAUGGUAAUUGCAAAUAAUGUAAUCCGCCUGCAAGAGAUUCAAAGGAGAGUGAUUGAGGAUGAUCAUCUUUUUCGAGGCAUAAAUGCCAUCAGCCUCUCCACAAUUGACCGCAUCCUCCGAAAGAAUCAAUUCCGGAUGAAACAGGCAUACCGAGUCCCUUUCGAACGAAACUCUGACAGAGUGAAAAACCAACGUGUGGAAUAUGUUCAGAGAAUCUUUGAGAUUGAAGGACGGCCUGUUCCCCAUGAAAUGAUCUUUGUGGAUGAGGCAGGUUUUAACCUGACCAAAAGAAGGAAAAGGGGGAGGAACAUAAUUGGCCAUCGGGCUAUUGUAAAUGUCCCUGGUCAGCGUGGGGGGAAUGUCACUAUGUGCGCAGCCAUCAGCCAACGAGGGGUACUCCACCGCCAUGCCGUACUAGGACCCUAUAACACUAUGCUUCUCCUUGCUUUUCUUGAUGGUUUAAGACAACAUAUGUUCCAGCUGGACUACAGGGAACCAGCACAGCCAGAGCAGCCUCACUACGUUGUUGUGUGGGAUAACGUCAGCUUCCAUCGCGCUGCUCUGGUUCGUGACUGGUUUACCAAUAACCCAAGGUUUUCUAAUAUCUUUCUGCCUGCAUACUCUCCCUUUCUAAACCCGAUAGAGGAGUUAUUUUCGGCAUGGCGGUGGAAAGUGUAUGACCGAGAACCUUAUGUCCGUGUUCACCUCCUUCAGGCCAUGGAAGAGGCCUGCCUAGACAUAUCAGUAGAUGCAUGCCAGGGGUGGAUCAGGCAUGCAAGAGGAUUUUACCCCCGCUGCCUGGCUGGGGCCAAUAUAGCCUGUGAUGUGGAUGAGAUUCUCUGGCCUGACCCAGACCAAAGACAAGAUGCUGUGGUGGGAUAA